GAAGCCUCUCUCUGACAGUCACUCUCAGGGCACAAGCUUGCAGGCAGCAAAAUUACACUGGCUUUCCUCGGGGGUAGGGAUUUAUACCACACCUGUAAACGAGUGGAGUGAGAACAGAGCGGUGGACAGGUCACGGUUAACUUGCAAAAAUGUGGAAAAGAGCGAACAACACCGGCCCAAUGAGGAACAGACAAAAUUUCUCCAUAGUUCACCGAUAUAUUCAGCAUUUUAAUGAAGUAUCUGGCAGCAAGUCAGCAGCUAUCCGGAGAAAAUCUAAGACCCCUGGGGUGAUCAUCACGCAGUAUGUAGUGAACAUGCCAGAAGGAAAAAGCACCCCAGAUUUCCAGUGUAAACCAACCCCAGUAACCACAGAUGAAGGAAAAUUAGCUGUUUUCAAAGCUGUGGUUCAUGGGGAUCCCAAACCAGAUGUGUCAUGGAGAAGGAUGAAAGGAACUAUUUCAGACAAAGAAAAGUUUCGAUGUAAGUACGAUGAGUCAACGGGGGAGCAUAUAUUAGAGAUUCACAAAGUGUCUGCUGCAGAGACAGACACAUACAAAUGUACUGCUGUGAAUGAAUAUGGCAAAGCUGUUUGCACGACAACAUUAAGCGUGACUGGGGCUUCAACAAAUCCAGCAGAUUUCAGAAAACUGCUCAAGAAAAGGCAAGUAUUGUAAACUAAUAAGAUUUUAUUCUGGACAGUUCUACAUGAGUGUGAGUAUUUUACAUCCAAAUGUCUUUUUUUUCUUAUACCUCCAGCAAAGCAGGGAAAGCAGGUGGAGAAAGUGAUGAACGGUUCUGGGAUGUGAUGCUGAAUGCUGACAGGAGAGACUACGAUAGAAUCUGCUCUGAGUUUGGGGUUUCAGACUUCCAUUCGAUUCUCAAGAUACUCGAGGAGAAGAAGAAGGAGAGAGCACAGAAAAACUUUAAUCAAGACGGUGGUAAAACUCCCUAUGAUGAAGAUCCAACACAGAAAUAUGGCCUUAAGAGUGUUGUGAGGACAAAGGAUUUGGUCAUUAAGGACGUAAUGCAAAAGGACACAGAGCUGAAUCGAGGGGAGGUUGAAAAGGUCAACCUCCACAAAACAGGGCUGGAUCGAGCCGAUGCAGACGAAGACAACUUCCUCCCUACAGACUUUAAAAUUUCCAACGUUGACUUCGCAGUCAAAAUUCAGGAGCUUAAAGCCCAAGAGAGAGAGGACGCCCUCUUUGAGUGUGUGCUGACUCAUCCACUCCCUAAGAUAACCUGGAUGUGCAAAGGCAGCAUCCUGGAGGAUGGAGAGAAAUAUGAUAUAACUGUGUCAGACCACAGACUCAUUCACAGGCUGCUGAUCAAGGACUGCAAGCAGCUGGACAAAGGAAUCUAUUCAGCUGUGGCCGGCAUCGCAUCCUGUAGUGCCUGGCUGGUUGUGGAAGCUGACAAUAACCCAUCAGUUGAGACGACGAAAGCCCGUAAACCUUCAGUUGCUGGUGGAGUUCGGACUGACCUUGAGAAAGUGGCCAGAGAGCAACAAAUAAAAAACCGAGAGGAGAUGGAGAAGAUUUUAACAGCUGUAAAAGCCAAACAUGAAGCAAGACAACUGAAAGGCAAUAUGGCAUUAACCACUAGUGGAGGAGACAGUAAAAUAACCGAAAUCACUGGACCAGGUAAAAAUGCAAGAGCAGUAAAAGACAUGUCUGCUGCCUCAAAAGCCAGUGCCCAGUCUGAGCAAGGGGGGAGCAAAGGAAAAACAAAGAGCAAACCCUCAAAAAGUGAUGGCACAGCAUCUCAUUCAGAGAUUUCAGACUGUGUAACAAAAGCAGCAGGACAAGGGAGAGUGGAUGAACCCAAGAUCAAGAAACACACUAAAACUGGAGGAGUUGAUUUUGACAAGGCGACAGAUGCAAAUGAAGGAGAAGAGUCUGAGGAGAAUGAGGACACUAGACAUGAGAUUAAUUCAAGAAGCAUACAGCAAGAUCAAGACUCAGAACACGUAAAAAUGGAGUCUGGUGACGAAUGUGCUGAUGUGGACCAGCCUGGAGUGUUUAUCAUGAGUCAGCAUGAGGUGGUUGAAUCGAGUGGGAAUAAAAACUCCACUGGGUCUGCGAGACACAGAGAGAAAACAAAGAAGGUCCAAUGGAAACAACAAAUAUCUGAUUUUAAUGAACUAGAAAGUGAAGAUGAACUGAGUUACACUGGUGAAGAUGAGGACCAGGAUUCUUCUGUCCAGACCAAGGAUCCAAACUGUUCAAAGCAAAGUCAAAAACUGAAGGACGCAGUAAAUGGUGAAGGUAUGUGCUCUGAAGACAACACUGAGUGUGAUAAUACAGAGGAUGUCAACGACUCUUCCACACAUACAAGGCGUAAAAGACAAGGACCACUUAUAGAAGAUUUGGUGACUGACCCAGGAGUUCAGUUCAUCUGUGGUUUGUCUGAUGUCAACUCAGUCAUCAAUGAGACCGCUGAGCUGACAUGUAAGCUCAGCAGUGAAGACUGUGAAGGAGCCUGGUUCAGAGACGGCACAAAGAUAUCCCCAGAUGACAAUUUCUGCAUCACCAAAGACGGCCCGGUGAAUAAAUUAUUCAUAAUCAAGUGCAGGGAAGAACAUUCUGGGAAAUACCGCUUUGAGGUAGAUGGUCGUAAAACAGAGGCAAUGGUCAGCGUCAAAGAUCCCCCCAGGUUUGCCCCAGAAGACCUCAGUGCUUUCACCGAGCCAGUGACAGUUAAAGUGGGGUACAACGCCGCUUUCAAACUCCAUUUUGUCGGCCACAAACCCUUAAAGAUUCAGUGGUUCAGAGAAGGAGAUGAGCUCCAAGAUGACAACAAUACAAAGAUAGAGAAAUCUGAGAGUCACAGCCGCCUGCUCCUGAGCAGGUGCCAGAGAAAAGACACAGGAGAGAUCAAGAUCAAACUGAAGAACGAACACGGCUUUACGGAGGCAGUCUCACAUCUUAUUGUGCUUGACAAACCGACUUCCCCCCUGGGUCCUGCCGAGGUAACCGAGAGCUCGGCUACAUGCAUUGAAUUCAGAUGGCGGCCUCCAAAGGACGAUGGUGGCUCGCCAGUGAUUAACUACAUAAUGGAGCGUCGGCAAGUGGGACGAAACACCUGGAAGAAAAUAGGGGAAAUCCCAGGUGUGCCCAGCUACCGUGACAGGGACGUGGACCGUGGACGAAAAUAUUGUUACCGCAUUCGUGCAGUGACGACAGAGGGUACAAGCGAUGUGAUGGAGACUGACGACAUACAAGCUGGCACACUUGCUUUCCCUGGCCCCCCUGCACCUCCAAAGGUGGUCAGCGCCUUUGUCAACUGCAUUAAUCUUUCGUGGUCUCCGCCAAGCAACACAGGAGGUUCACGUAUUCUGGGCUACAUUCUAGAGAAACGCAAGAAGGGGAGUAAUCUCUGGACUGCUGUCAAUGCCAUCGAUGAGCUAAUAAAAGAGAAGAAAUAUGCAGUGAAGGAUGUUGUGGCAGGUUUGGAAUAUGAAUUCAGAGUUUCUGCCAUAAACCUCUCAGGACCUGGUGAAUUUAGCAACCCUUCAGAGUUUGUCUUCGCGCGUGAUCCUAAGAAGCCUCCCGGUAAAGUGAGAGGCCUGAAGGUCACAGAGACGUCUUACACCCACUUGGUCCUCACUUGGACCAAACCAGAGGAGAGGCCGGGCGUACAGGAUGAAGCGAGGGGAUAUUUUGUUGAGAUUCGGCAGGCGGAUUCCAUUGAAUGGUCCCGCUGCAAUAGCACCCCCAUCAUCACGACUUCCUUCAGGGUGAAGGGGCUCAAGUCCAUGGACAUGUACUGGUUGAGAGUGGUCGCAGUUAACGAUGGAGGAGAGAGCGGACCCGAGGAGCUCGUCAACUACGUCCUCGCAAUGCCCUCACCUGUGAGGCCAAAGUUCACAAACAACAAGAUGAAGAGUUUCAUGGUGGUGAGGGCGGGAAACUCCGUGAGGAUCACUGUAAACUUUGAGGCGUCCCCACGACCAGAGAUCAUGUGGCUGAAGGACAACGUGCCGGUGACUAAGAGGGUUACAGUCAGUAACUCUGAUGGCUCCUCCCAGCUGCUCAUUCCCUCCUCUGAGCGCUCGGAUUCAGGCAUCUACUCCAUUUUGGUGAAGAAUCUUGCCGGACAGGAGACGUUCAGUACAGAGGUCAGGGUCACAGAUGAUCCAAAGCCUCCUGGACCAGUAAAACUGGAAGAAAACGUGCCUGGCACCGUGACGGUGAUCUGGGAACCUUCCCCCGAUGAGAAGCGCGAUGACCGCCUCCACUACACUGUAUCCAAACUGGACUCUGCAAAGCACUCAUGGGCCACCGUGGCUGACAGACUCUUCAACAACAAGUUCACAGUCUGCAACAUCAUGGCGGGGAGGGAGUAUAAUUUCCGGGUCUAUGCUAAAAAUGACAUGGGCAUAUCUGCACCCUCAGAGUCACCGACCUGGGGGAGGGAGAAGAAAAAAGAAAAGUUGGUGAUAAGUGUCCCGACCACAAAGGACUGUGAUUUGCGAUGUCCUCCAGCCUUCAUUGUACCUUUGAAGCUCCACACUGCACCCAAAGGUUAUGAAUGCUACAUGAGCUGCGCAGUGAAGGGAAACCCCAAACCUCGUGUCACGUGGUACCGAAAUCACAUCAGUCUCAACACCAACACCAACUACUACAUCUCCAACACCUGCGGAGUUUGCUCCAUGGCAAUCCUCCACGUGGGUCCCAAAGACACGGGCGAGUACACCAUCAUCGCAGAGAACAGCUUAGGACGAGCUGAAUGCUCCACCACACUCAGCGUCAGAGGUGAGCGGGAAAACAACACUUGCACUUAAAAGCCAGGUGGAAUAAUUAACGCCAGUUCAUUUUGUCUUUCUCCCAUACAGAGUGAAGAAGCUGAGGACGUUCCAGUGUUAUACGAGCAACGUGUAUUUUGAAGAUCUUGUAGUGGUCGUGCUGCUUGGAAAUCAUGUGCCUGCUACUCUGCUGUAGACUGGACAGUUACUGGAAUGAAGAUAAAACAUAUUCACUAUUAAAACAUUACAUUUGUCUAGGUUUUGAGGAUUAUUCCAGCUUGUCCAGUGAGUCAAAUCAGAAAAUCAAGGCAUGGUGUUUUAAUAUAUUAGGUCAGUUAGGUCUAUAUAUAUAUAUUAGACAUCGAAACUUAUUUUCUUUCACUAACAAGACCACAGUAUAUACAAAGAAGUUUUUUUUGACCAGGUUAAGGGGAGGGAAACGUAGGAGGUAUGAAGGGGUCGAAGGGAUGGGAGGGAGGAGGAUGUUGAGUCCGAUGGUGGUCCUCUGAUGUUCGAACGGACCAGGGUGGGGUCAUACCUCUAGAAGCUUUGGCUCCGUGCGCCCCAGGUUCCUGCAAUGAUAUUUUAAAGGAGACGAGAGAACAGAGAGGGUUGGGGUGGAGGGAUUUGAGAACUGUUAGACGUGCCUGUAUAGGAAGGUGCGGGUAACUGGAUGAUUGAGGUAUGGAACCAAGUUAUACAACUUCAUUUAGACUUUGUUUUUAUUUUUUUUAGCUGAUUAUUAAAGCAUAUUUAUGUUAUGAAUAA